CUUACUUCCUCAAAAAUAUUUACAUGAACUGAAUGUAUAAGUGGAUAAAAAAUAAAAAUAACAUAACUUGGUUAGAUUUCUAAUCAAGCACGAUAGAAAUGAAGAACAAAACUGCGCUGAUAGUGAAAAAAGUGAAAGGACAUUGAGAAGCAUUAAUAUUCGUGCGCCUUUCUUCAAAGUCAGCUGAUUUCAGUCAAUGACAGUCAAUGAGGGACCAGUGUUUCCUUUCACAGUGUUUAUCCACUGGUCAGAUUUUCGUAUCUGUGUGCGAUGCAUGUGUGCAUGUGUGCGUAGUGCACGCAAAGAAAAACAUUACGCAGCUAGAACCCCGUUACGUUCGAAUCAUUGUACAUAUUAUGUUAAAGAUCAUUGUACCAGAGUGGACACGUGUUAGAAAUAUGAAAUUCACGUAGAUAAAUUGUUUUGUUUGUAUUUUGCUCGAAUAACAGGCCUAAUAUCGAACAUAUGACGAGAAAUACACUGAAAAAUCCCAUGUCUAUCUUAGACUAGAUUGUCAAACGUGGGAAGAAAAUGUCUUGGUUGGGAUGCUUUCCCUGGUCUCAAGGGAUAAAGAAAAGAGCCUGCAGAUAUCUGCUGCAAAGAUAUCUUGGCCAAUUUUUGGAGGAAAAGCUGACAUUAGACCAGCUCACCGUAGAUCUUUACAAUGGAACUGGUCGUGUAACCAAUGUCAGCCUUGAUGUACAGGCAUUAAAUGAGAUGGGAGAACAGCAACAUUUGCCAUUAGAAUUUGUUGAUGGUUUUGUGGCAGAAAUGUCUGUUAGCAUACCAUGGUCAGCUUUGCUUAGCGAAGCUAGUUUUGUGGAAGUGACUGGUCUUAGAUUGACGGUUCAACCUAGACAAAGAGCCGAAACAGGAACUUCGAUGUUUGAAUCUAUGUGGAGUUCAAUGACAUCCAGUAUGCAACUUGCGCAAGAAUGCUUGCAGGAAGAUGCAAAUAAUGCUGGGAAUUCACAACCUUUGGAAGGAGUAGAGUUAUUUGCACAAACAAUAGAUUCAAUUUUAUGUAGGGUCAAAGUGAGAUUUAUAGAUACUGUGAUACGUUUGGAACAUGUACCACUUGAUUCCUCAACAGGAGUUGCAAUAGAAAUGUGUAUAAAAAAUCUUGAAUAUUCUGAUGAAGCAGGCUUGGAUCCAAGUAAUACUUCAUUAGAUCCUAGUCAAUCAACAAAAGGAUAUAUUAUAUCGGCGUUUACAACAAAACGGUUUUAUUUGGAAGGAGUGACUUUUCAUACAGAUGAAUUUCCUUCUCAUGCAAGAACUUUUUCUAGAAGUAUUAUUACAACAAGUAGAGGUUCAACGCCAGAUUCCAAAAAUUCAGAUGGCCAAUUUUCUUCUGCUCAAAUCUCUCCCAAUCAAAAUAUGCAAACUCCUCCAGAAGGAAAUUUUAUUAAUAACAUAAGUGAAUCAAAACCUAUAAUGUUUGCUAACUUAGCAGGCAGACAAGAAAUAAGAUUAAAGCUGAAACAAGGAGAAGGUGUUUCAGGGCCAAAGGUAGAAUUAGAAGUAACAUUGGGAUCUUUUACUUCGUUUCUAAGCCCGCGACAGGUGCACGUUUUAUUGGAACUGGGACAUGGACUUGCAUCUCCGGACUUGGAGGAUGUUAGUAAUGUUGCACCAAGAACUUGUACCGAAAAACCUAUGGCUGGUAGUGACUUCAAUCGCGUAGAACGAGAACUUAUUCACCAAAUACAUCCAAACCAAGGAUUACGUAUUAUGGAUUUAAGGCAUACACAAGGUUGGUCUACAGCAUCUUUGGAUGAAUCUGAUAAUGAAGAUGAAUUUUUGCCAAUGCGAUUACCAGGAUCUACAUCAAUGAGUGAUUCUGUCACAAGCAAUAAUGUUAACAUGGAUGGAAGCAUAUCAAGUAGUAGCAUUAGUUUAAAAAGUUCUUCAACAAAUUUACCACAACAAAAACAUAGACACAGUGUGGAUAACAGUCCUUCUACGGAAACGUCUCAUUUUCAUGUGAGAGUAUCUUCCAUAGCUGUAGUUCUGUUACACGAAGAUAUAUUAACUACUUGUGUGGAAGGGAGCGGCUUAACGUGCUCUAGUAUACAGCAAAUGAAGAAUUCAGCAGAUGAUUUUUUCAAACAGCUAGGAAUGUUUGCAGUUGGAGGAUAUGGAAAUAAAGAUUUUGAUAAAGCAUCUAAGAUACUCUUAGAUGCUUGUCAUUUAAGUCAUAUUAGGCUACUCGCUGCACCGCUUGUGAUUGAAGGAACAGAAAGAACUACCACAAUAUGUUCUUAUCUGUCUGGAACGUUAACUUUAGCUAGUCUAGAAAUUGUAGAAUGUUUGAUCGAUUCAAACAAUACUUGUACAAAUGAAACUCCACCGACGGAAUAUGUAGAAUUACUUACCUUUGUUAAAGAAAGUUCGACAAAUUUUGGUUUUACUAACAAAACAGAUUUUAAAAUGAAAUUUAAAUAUGUGGUAAAUAUUGAAAAACCGCAUCCUUGGGUGCUGCAAUGUGAUCAUCCGCGUACAAAUAUUGAUAUUGAUAUGGAGCCGUGUAAAACUGAAAUAGAUAUAACUAUUGUAGAUAGAAUAUGUGCUUUACUUAAUCCACAACCUAUCUGCGUUUGCAAUCCAACAUCUAAGAAUAGAAAUCUUAAUCAACAGACAUUAUUUUGUCAAGCUGUGGAAAGUCCAACUAUGUCAGACUCUGCAGUUACUAUAAAUGUAUCUUCAUCGCAAUGUACGAUAAAAUUAAGGUUUCCAAUACCAGAUUUAAGACCGCUUCACGACAUGAAUCGAGCUCCAUGGUGGAAAAGAUCAGUAAGAACAGAUUACAUGAUUUUGAAAUUGACAGAUGCACAAAUUCGUUCUACCGCGAGAACAGUUUCUCACACCGUGACUAAACAUGAAAUUCAGUUCCGGAAGAUGUUAUUAUCUUAUGCAGAAACAGAAACGGAUUCACCCAUAAAUAUAGGAGAAGUUACUACUGACGAGAAGAAUAAUGCAUCAUAUCAACAAAACGAAGGAUUUGGUUGGGCUAGAGUAGUUAUUACAAUUUAUUCGCAACGCUUGAGCGGCCAGUUAGAAGAUAGUUCGGAAGAAGAUCCUGACUCAAGUUUGGAUGAAACUUUGGAAAAUGCGCCUAAACACCAACCAUCGCCAUUCAGCUCGAAACGUGUUAUUCAUGAGUCUGAUACACCUCAUUCCAAACCUUACGUGCCAGGCGAUAAAGAUGAUUCAGAACAAAGGGAGGGUGAAGAAUUAAUUAUACCAGGAAGUCGAGACGAAAUGAUAGAGUUUAUGGAUGACGGCUUCCGUAGUUCCAGAAUUCAAUUAGAAAUCAACUUUCCAUGUGUUUCCGUCCAAAUACCAUCUAAACAUCUUUAUGAAUUACUGUAUAACAGGUUUAAUACUGAUCUUUUUUUAUGGGAACCCUCAGCACCAAGACCAAAGUAUACUACGCACAUGGAAAGUCACAUAGGUAUCGAUUUGGCGUCAACAUUAUUACAAGAGUCUGUAUAUCCUAGAUUUAGUACAUGUAAAAGCGGAAUACAGUAUGACUCUGAUUCAGACUCGGACGAAGAGGGCAUAUUUCAUUCAGCAGCUGAUAAAAGUUACAAACAACGUCAGAAUAAAAUAUCUAGAAAUGGUCAGAGUAAAUUAGCGUUGUAUUUGAAUAUAGGUGAAGGUGUUCUCUGCAUGUAUACUCCUGUUCGUGAUUCAAUGCGUAAUGUUAUUCCUGGACAACAAGGGGAGUUGAUAAUUUCACUAUACGAUACAACAAUAUUUUCGGUAUCUUCGUACAGAGGAAAUUCGAAUCUGGGUUACGUAUGCGCUAUGAUUAAAUAUAUGUAUUUGGAUCAUUGCGGACUAAUGACAGCUCCUUCGCAACCACCUUUGCUGAGAUCUGUCAACAGCGUCAAGCCACCGCAUUGUUUAGAUGUUAUAUAUAAAAGCGCACUGGAAACAAAUGCGACGGGAUCAGAUAACAAUAACGAAGACAUGGUGAUGCUUGCUAUAAGAAUACAAGCUUCUCAUCAGACUCAUCGUAUAAAGACUUUCAGGGUAGCGGUAGGCAUAACGAAUGCUACGCUGAGACAUAGAAUGUGCACUACUGGUACAUCAUGGUUCACGCAGUUAACUGACUGCUUGGAUGUAGCUGAUCAUCCUGUUGCGGGCUACUCUCCGCCAGGAAUAUUAACAGAGUUACAUUUACAUCUUUGGGACUGCGCUGUUGAUUAUAGACCACUUCAUUUACCCUUGAGAUCAAUGGUUACUCUUGGAAACUUUAGCGUGUCCAGCAACAUUGCCGCACAAACAAAUACUUCAACUUUACGUUUUAUAGCGGAAGAUAUUGCCUUAUUCAUAUCUAAUAAAUUGGGGAAAUACGUAAAUCUAAAACAAGAUUACGUGUGCGUAAUGGAUGUAGGAUUGUUUGAAUUAUCAUUAAGGCUGAAUGAUAAAAUGUGCGGUGGUGCACCCAGAGUUGAUUUGAGAGCCAGCAAUAAUGUUCUGCAUGUUCGAACGUGUUCAGAUUCCGGUCGUGCUCUUAUUCAGUUGCUAACAUACUUUGCGAACGACGGAGACUUGAUACCGAAUACAGAAAAUACUGAGAGUACGUGCACCGUACCAAGUUCUGGGGAUGAAGAAAGUCUGCUUCGAGAUGAGAGUAUUAAUACCUUAAGCAAGAGUCAAGUUGAACGUGUAAAUACUUUGAUGGAGGACGCGAUGGAAGAAACUGUGAAAGGAACAUCUUCGAACGUAGACGGUAAUACAGUGUCAACUGAGAAUCAGGUGGAAGUAUUUUUCUUCCCCGAUGAAUCACAUCCUGCAUCGCAGGCAGUACCUGAAAUGUGUAAAAGUCCUGACCAAUGUGCCAAGCCGCAGUGUAAUAUAGAAAUUGAGGAUCCUAACGAAGAUUUUUGUAUAUUAGGAGAAGAAGCUGGUACAGGAAUCAUGCCUAGACACGGAGUACCAGAAGUUCGUUGGCUUUGUCAAGAAUCAUUAAAGAUAAUUGAUAAUCAUUUCGCGGUCCCGCUCGGUAAAACUGAUUUACUUAAAGCACCACGACAUUUCCCGGCUCCAAUUUUAAGAUACACCCUUUGCGAGAUGACACUGAUUUGGCACAUGUAUGGAGGGAAAGAUUUUGAAAAACCUUCGCAGUCAGCAGUGAAAAAACAAGUUAUUAUCAAUGAUAACGCAUUUCGAUCUAACACAGCGUACCAAGAAAAGAAUAGAUUACCAUGGUGCGACGGAGUAACUUUCAACAAAUCCAAUCCGAACGAAGUACAUUUUGAAAGUGUACCAAAUUCGCCCCGUGGAAAAUGUAAAGAAAGUACCAAGUGGCAAGUAUUGGGAGGUCCCGGUCGCCGACACGACGUUCUAAUGGAACUUCAGCUAAAUAAAGUACGCUUUCAACAUGAAGUUUAUCCAGAAAACACCGCGGAAGCCGCAAGACAAAUAUUACUAGUAAGCGAGAUAGAAAUUAGAGACAGAUUGGCAUCCUCGCACAUCAACAAAUUCUUAUACCAGUACAGUAGUGAAGCGAGACCUAAACAGUCUCAUGCGAAUAUGUUUGCCAUGAAAGCAGUUCACGUGAGACCCGAUCCAAGAUUAAGUGCUCAAGAAUGUUGUUUAAAGCUCAGCCUACUGCCUUUGCGUCUAAAUAUUGAUCAAGACAGCCUAUUGUUCUUGAUAGAAUUUUUCAACGAAUUGAGUGGUGGUUCGAAGCAAACUCAAGAGAAUUCUAGUACACCUAACAAUCCUCAGUCGUCCCCGGUGUCCAAGCAAGGAACACCAACGCAUCAUCCACCUGUUAUGAGUGUGAACGAUUCCGCGCCUAAUGCUUCAACGCCAACGAAUACUUCGCAGAACGAUAAUAUAGAUCCAAAUUUGUUAAUACUUCUAGAAGACGAGCUAAUGAUUAAAGAGAGUAAAGUGAAGACAAAACCGACGUACGAGAUCCACGAGGAUUGUCAACCAAUAUAUUUUAGAAGUGUGAUAUUUUCCCCCGAAGUCCUUGUUAGGUUAGAUUACCAUGGAAAACGUGUAGACCUUACUCAUGGGCCGUUAGCAGGCCUUCUAAUGGGUCUAGCGCAAUUGAACUGUUCCGAACUAAGACUGAAAAGGUUAACGCAUCGACAUGGACUUCUGGGAUUCGAUAAGCUCAUCACGUUUUUACUUUCCGAAUGGUUGCAAGAUAUAAAAAAAAAUCAGCUUCCAAGUUUGCUUGGCGGCGUAGGCCCGAUGCAUUCAUUGGUGCAAUUGUUCCAAGGGAUACGAGACUUAUUUUGGUUACCCAUUGAACAGUAUCAAAAAGACGGUAGAAUCAUUAGAGGUUUGCAACGGGGCGCAAAUAGCUUUACGACAUCCACUGUAAUGGCAGCACUAGAAUUAACAUCUAGAUUAAUACACGCUAUACAAAGUACUGCUGAAACUGCUUAUGACAUGGUCAGCCCUGGACCCAGUGUAAGACACAAAAGCAAAGGACAGAAGGGGCGACGGAAACGAUAUAAUCAGCCAUUGGAUAUUCGAGAGGGAAUGGCUAAUGCUUAUUUGUUAGUGAAAGAGGGUUUGGGUGAAACCGCGAAUCAGUUGGUCCGGGUAGCUAGCGAAGAGCACGAACAAAAAGGAGUCUCUGGUGCUGUAGGAGGUGUAUUGAGGCAAAUACCACCGACAGUUGUGAAGCCUAUUAUUUUGGCUACAGAGGCGACUAAUAACGUUUUGGGUGGUAUGCAGUCGCAAUUGGUUCCUGAUGCCAGACGAGAAGCGGCUCAAAAAUGGCGGCAAGAUUCAAACGAUGCGAAUUGAAGUUUUUUUUAAGUAAUUGUUGAUAUUCAAAUCGACCCUCGCGUGUAAUAUAUAUAAAACCAUGACGUGAAAUUGAAGAGAGGAAAGACCAGUGAAAUUUUUCAGUAAACGUAAGGAGUUCACGUGGAAGAGGAAAAAUCAAACGACUUGAAGACGCGUAAAUGAAAUUACGACAGAUUUUAGACCUAAUCGCAUAAAUUUUAUGAAUAAAAAGAACGCAAUCAUUUCUAAACGACAUAACACAUUCGCAUAAUUAUAUCUUUCAGUUCCAUUGGUUUUGUUACAUAUUACAAAGGAAUCAAUUCGAUUUGUUAUAUUUAUAGUUUAUAAAUAAAAUAUAUAUACAAGGUGUCCCAGCUAAAGCGUGUAACCUCGAGACUACAGGCUCUCCAUAGCAAAAGAAAUCGAAAAGUCCACUUUGUAAUCCGCAGCCUCGUUGCUUAGAUAUGCACGAUUGAAAAUAUUCCAUAUGUGUGCGUGAACGUCUGUAUACGUGCUGUCUUAUUCUAAUACAAAUCAACCACAGAUAACUAACGAUACAUUGUAUGCGAUUAGAGCAGCGCGUAUAUAAAUAUGCACUCACACAUCAGUACCCAAUUUGCAAUCGAUUAUAUCUCGAGAACGAGGCUGCAAAUUACAAAAUGCUAAAGGACUUUUUGAUUUUGUUUGCUCUGGAGAAUCUACAGUUUGGAGGUCGCACGCUUCAGCUGCGACAAUCUGUAUAUACCAACGUGAAACGUCGUUAUUAAAGCUUGUAUGUAUUUUCGUUCUAAUAAUACGUAUGUUUUAUACCAAUGACAUGUAUGUGACGAGUUUUUAUUAAUAAAAUCAUAACGCUUAACAUUG